UGGGACGUCACGGUUCCCCUGUGGCACUCACCUUCCCAUGCUUCACGAUACCUCUUAAGUGUCUACCCAAAUAGUUAUCUGUUAUCAAGCGCAGCGGCAAAUCGACGUGCAAGACCGUCCAGGCUCAGCAAAACUCGUCAAUCCGUCACCAAAGUUGCCACCGCUCCAUGAGUCCCGUUCGUUGAGCACUUCACCUCGAAUGUAGGCUCCCGGGCCUGAAGGGUAGUCAUGUACUGGCCCAUCGGGACUCCCAGGAUCUAUGCCACUACCACAACCCUUGCCGCAAGUCAAGAUGGCAACAUCGUCGUCUCUCACGAUGGUCUGCCGCCGCGCAGCUUUGUCGGUAGCUCCGAAUCAGCCGCAGCCAAAGAUAAUGACUUGAACUUUGAAGACCCAGAUGUUGUUCCUCCCACGCCUGCUACUCCAUACAUCAGAUCCAUCGAGCACGACACUCCGAAGUUUGGUAAUGCGGAUUCUGGCAUACAUUACCUCGGUGCAUCCAGCUCUGCUGUUGUGCCGACCGGGGAGCCCAUUGUCGCUUUGAAAGUUUCGAGAACCGGUCAUCUAUUUGCUGUCAUUACUGCCUCUACCCUGACUAUUUGGCAGACCAAGCCUACUGUUGUUAUUGCCAUCGUUGUUCGACCCGAGCUUUCUUUGAAGACCUACGGUCCUAAUGUAGACCUUCUCAUAAGACCUGACUCGGCUAUAUUUGUAUUACAGACGAGCUCCGACUACUUGAUCACGUACUCCUUGGCCACAGACCAAGAAGCCAGAGUAUACAAACCGCAUUUCGUUGACCACACAAACAUACAGAGGCGAAGGCAAAGCCAUUUUGGCGGUCCCGGAAAUACCACCCCUGACCAGAUCCUGUUAGGUCCCGGAGAAGGCGCUGGCGUACGGGAUCUCAGUGUGCGAUUCCGUCGAGUAAUAAAAGUAGACGCUGGUAUCAAUUACGCCCUCGCGCUAGAUGAUGAAUUAGUUGUCGCCACCAAGAAGCCUGCAACAGUUCAGUGCAUUCGUUGGACGCCAGACAAUGCUUCUAGCCAAAUAAGCACCGAGAUUGUCAGUCGCAUGGGGUGGCUCGACAAAAAGGCCUCAAUACAACAAAUGACACAUGAUCGUCCCAUGAAUCUCUCUACAUGGGUUACAAACGACGGCAAAGCCUACGCUGUUCAACGAAUCCCCCCUGCCCAGUCUGCUUCCGACAUGGACUCCAAGAAGCUAUUCAAAGGGUAUUGCUUUCAUAGCCCCCAGGGUCCAGAUCACCAAGCCAUCCGCGCCGUUGUGAAUGCCCGAUUUUCACUGAUUGCGGUAGGAUGUUCUAAUGGAAGCAUCCAAGUGUAUUCUGCUCGGGAUUAUGCGGGGAAUAUUCCUCCUUCGCACACGCAUAAAGCACCAGUAUCCUCAAGCCAAUCAGGUCGGCUCACUACGCUCACCUAUUCACCUGACGGAUAUUGCUUAUUUGCUGGCUACGAAAAUGGCUGGGCGACAUGGAGCGUAUUCGGCAAAUCUGCUUCCAACAGUUUCACCGCAGAUCGCUCGGUUGCUCAGACUAAUGGAGAGGGCUGGUUGACAGGCAUUGCCGAUGCUUGUUGGGUUGGUGGCGCUUCAGAGUUGCUUCUAAUCGGCCAGAAAAGCGAGGCAAUCUGGUCCCUCGAGAUGGCUCGGAGUGCUGUGACAGGCUGUUACAGCCCACCAAACCUUUUCCGGACUGUGCUUCAGAGCUCAUCCAGUAUCAUGGUUUACAGAGGUUAUGAUCUCCCAGAUUUAACUAGCAUUUCAGCUGAACCAUUUCUCUGGCAUACAACUAGGAUACCAUCCAAUUACUUGCUCAAUCAGUGGCCAAUCAGGUGCACUGUCAUCUCCCCAGAUGGCAGAUAUGUAGCUGUCGCGGGGCGACGUGGGCUCGCACAUUACAGCGUCAACAGCGGCCGCUGGAAAACGUUCACUAACAGCGCAAUGGAGAAUGAGUUUCAAGUCCGGGGCGGCAUGUGUUGGUAUCAGCAUAUCCUCGUGGCAGCGGUUGAGGCCAACAGAUCACAUGAACUUCGUCUUUAUUCACGAGAAUCUUCUUUAGACAACUCAAAUAUCAUGUUUACCCAGCAAAUGCCUGCACCCAUUGUUUUGAUCACGCCUUCUGGGGACGAUUCUCUACUAGUAUACACCUACGAGAAUUUGCUUUAUCACUUCGUUUUUGCACCUGUAAAUGGCACCGUACAACCCAUCCAGGUUGGACAAAUUGCCUUCAAUGGCAUAGUGCGGUCUCCCGCGCGGGUGCGCGGGCUUAGCUGGAUCUUACCUGAACAGCAAAUGACGGACGGCGACCCGUCUCAAGACGUCGCCUAUGCGUCAGUACUCUUCUUGGUUGAUGGGAAACUCGUUCUUCUCCAGCCGUCCGUGAACCAGGGCGGUCAGCUCAAAUAUGAUAUGCGCGUCAUUUCUCAUAGUGUAGAAUUCUAUGCGAGCAUGAGGGAUCAGUCUUCAGUUUAUAUGCUUAAUGAAAACAAAAACAACAGCUUUUCGUGGGAGAUUGAGCAAGGCAGCCUGCGGAAUUCUUUAUGGUUAUUUGAAGGGCAGGCGCUGAAGGUGUGGCCAGAUAUACAUGACGUUCUAUAUGCUGCUUCAAAUGACUCUCAUAGGGAGCUGCCUCCUACAGUUGCGAUCUCUCUUGAUUUCUACCCGUUAUCGAUCCUACUAGGCAAAGGAAUUGUGCUCGGGGUAGAACCUGAUCUUGUCCAGCGUAGAGAUAUAAACUACUCAUUCUUUCGAUUCUCCAUACGGACACAUUUGUUUCUACCCGAUGUUUUACGGUCUCAUCUCAAGACCAACGAUGCAACGGCAGCCCUCGCCCUAGCUCGACAAUACCAGGACCUCGAAUAUUUUGCCCAUGGGCUUGAAGUGCUUCUACAUCAUGUUUUAGACGAAGAGGUCGACUUAGCGCCACCACCAGAUGCAGCUCUUCUUCCAAGAGUACUGACGCUGCUCUCGUCAUUCAAACAGUAUCUUGAUAUUGUCGUUCAAUGCACUAGGAAGACUGAAGUCAGGUCAUGGCGAACUCUUUUUGCAUACCUGCCGCCUCCUCAGGAGUUAUUUGAAGAAUCACUACAACGAGGUUCGCUGAAGACGGCAGGAGGCUAUUUGUUGAUACUACACACCUUCGAGGAGUUAGAAACUGCCUCAGAGCAAUCCGUACGGCUGUUAUCCCAGGCCAUUAAGGAAGGAGAUUGGGAGCUUUGUAAGGAGUUGGCGAGAUUCCUGGCAGCGAUGGAUGAGAGCGGGGAAACACUUCGCGAGGCCAUUGAGCUGGUCAACCUGCAAGUGGGCAAGGGCUCUGAGAAUCCAGACACCAUGAUGAAGCUCGAAGUACCUUCGUUCAGGGGUAAUGGCCAUUCGAGGCUGCGACGGCAGCAUUCGGAAGCGGGCUCGGAUGGACAGUCAACUAGCGAUAUAAGUAGCCAUGGGACAGCAAGUCCCAUGUGAAUCAACGACGAGCGGUCAAUUAAAUGGUUCGAAUGUAAGAGUGUAUAGAUGACAGAGCCAGCCUUGUUUCAUAUAGCACCAGGCACGUUUUCAGGGAUGCCGAUACUAAGCUCUUCUUGGAAAGAUAAUAAUGUUAUUAUGUUAGCCAUCUUAUUACAUGCUCCCAUCAUGUUGCUUCGGAGAUCUACAUAUUAUUUAGUGAUGGAUACAUGCUCAUGUGCUGUACCUAUUCCGGAUAUCUCAUCAACAACAAAGUCCUUGAACAGUUACGCCUGUGACGUACCUACGAUGUAGUGGUUGGGCACAAAUGCCCUUAACAACGACAUGAGCAGUACAUGCCUUUUCGGCUCUAUUAGCUCUCACAGCUAACUGUGCAUUUCUUUACUUUUUCUUUUCUAGUUAUUCAAACAUGUUACCUCGCAACUACUACUAGUAGUCUCCUUGUCAGGCAUGUGAACAAGCGUAUUUGAUAGAUACCUAUACUGGUAGGUGAUGGCAGGUACGGUGGGAGUGGC